AUGGAUUUUCGCCGCGUGGAGCCGAAGUAUUGGAAGCAUGCCUUGUGCUGGCAAGCAGCAUUAACCAUUUGCCUGCUGAGCUUCCUUGUGUAUCAGAUCUUCACGAUCCUAACUUCCGCCAAGACUCCACCAGUCGAAUCAACGGUUGAGGAAUGGCAAGGAGCAGGCAUAUGGGCUGUGUGCGGCGGUACCCGGUUGCAUGGAGCUGGCUUCACAAUCUAUGAAGGCAGUCGGGAAUCCCGGACAGAGGUCCCUGAGGUUGAGACCACCUUUCGUUUUCAGACGACUGCAUCUGAUCUGCCCGGCGCAAGUUGCAGCACACUUGACUUGACAGAGCUGAAGUGGGACACAGAAGUCCAACUCAGACUAUGUGGUCAGUCAGAGUUAUCAGAAUCCUUCUACAUAUGGAGCAAUGACCAAUGGAAGUAUGUCGCACACCUUCAUGCAAAUGGCGAAAAAGCCAUUUUCAACUACCGGAGAAGCAAACAUGGGUGGAACUAUGGGUAUUCAUCCGAAGCGAAGGAGUAUCAUGAUCUUAUCGAAGAGGCUCGAGCGCCUGCACACUGGACGGGAUCAGACGGUGGAUGCAAGCACUGGACCUACUUUGGCACUGGCAGAUCUACUCCAGGUGGUUUAUUUGUCAGCAUUCAAACACCAGUCGUUCCAGUCAGCUACAAGCAAGGCUUGUUGCCCCAGAUUUUCGAACUUGGCGGAAACAUUGGUGGCUGGUGGUCAGUGAUGACAUUGGCCUUCUGUGCCCUUUUCUCCAAGAAAAAUCCUGAGAGUCGGGUUGCCCAAAUCUAUGAGGCACGCACCUUUGUCGGCGAGCGAGUGCUGUCAGCCACCCCGAAAGGCAGCCAAGCCAGAAGCGAGGAUGCCAAUCCGCAAUUCCCGGAGUUACCCCCCGGCAUUAUACGGACGACGGAAUAG